UUCUAGCCGAAUGUUAGAGAUUUCUCACUCGUGUCUUUUGUCUAUAGUCAUUCCUCAGUUUUCGCUCCUCACUCCUGUCUGUCACCCCGUGGAAAAUAGAAAUCUUUGUUACAAAAGUAGAAAAUAGAAAAACAAACAGAGUGGAUGCAUCAGAGUACUUCACUUGACGAUGAAAAAGCAAAGAACAGACGUGCAAUGAUGAAAUAAAGCCGAGUUUUGUGUCUACUUGGACAAAGUUGAAAGAUGUCUUCAGUUGGGCAAUUGGUACCACAAGUAACAAAAGGGCCGCCUAAUACAACCUACACAUUCAACGGCCCACACAUAGAAGGUUCAUUCUGCACCAACAUAAAUACUAAUUAUGAUCCAGUUGUAAGCAUCAUAUGUGCUAUGUAUAUUGUUUUUGGAAUAGUAUACUCCCUUUUUGGAUAUCGAUGUUUUAAAGCAAGCAUGUUCUUAACGGGGUUUACAUUUGGUUCUGCCAUUGUGUAUCUUAUAUGUUUACAAGAAUACUUGAUGCCGCCAUAUGGAAAUGUUGGUGUUGCACUAUGUGCUGGACUACUUUUUGGACUGAUAACAAUGCUUAUUCAGUAUGUUGGGCUGUUUAUGACUGGAUUCCAUACAGGAUUAUUGAUUGCUAUUGCUGGUCUUGCUGUAUAUGAUCAUUUUCUGGACAGCAGACUCAAUACGUAUUGGCUAUGUGUCGUCUCAUUACUUUUGUCCGGAAUAUUUUUCGCCGUUAUCAACUUGUACUGGAAGAAAGUUUUGACAAUCUUCGGUACUAGUGUGUAUGGCGGCGCUGUCAUCGCUACAUCUCUAGAUUAUUUUGUUGAAAGAAUGGUUAUGCUUAAAUGGCUGUGGGAGCGUGCAAAGCUGGAGCCAAUUGUGCCACCCCCUUGUACAAUAUCGUGGUUCACUUUAGCUGCUUGGCCGACCGUCGCCAUUGUCGGUUUCACUGCACAAUAUGCUCUCACAGGCACCGGAAUAUAUCACGAACAGAGCAUAAGCGCACAAAAGCGUCUUCUCAAGGCACAGCCCGCUAGACCAGUCACACGCGAACAACGCGCAGAGAUGAAACAGCGCAAAUAUCGUUACCUCUAUCAGGUGCGGACUGCACACGGCGAUGUCAUUUCACAGUCAUACGUACAAGCAUUGCAAAAGAAGGCUCAAUGUGGUAUUUGGACGGGUAGCGGUGGUGGCGAAUGUAGUACGCUGCAAAGUGAUUCUACACACCUUACAGUAUUGGCUGGCUCGGAACAAGCCCCGCCCACUGAUUCUGACGACGAUCUUGAACAGAUUCGAGCGGCGCACUAGAUUUGGUAACUCACAGACGAUCUCCAUAGGAAUGUAUUUAUCUUAUUCCAGUAUUAUCUUGUGAAUUUCAAACGUAUAUAUGUUAUUAGAAUUCUCCUAUAUGAAUUUAUUAUUGUAAGUAAUGUGAUAAUGUAUAUAUUAGGUUUUUAAUUUAUUUAGGCCUCAAUUUUAUUUUUACAAUAUUAAUUUUUUACUAAUUUCUUUAUAUAAUUUCGCGACAACAAUUUAAGUGCGGAUAAAUUAUUUUUAAAUUUUUGUUAACAGUUGUAACAGAUUUAAAUCUGUGUGGAAAUCGAACCGUCGUAAUAACCAUUUUUGUUUGUUGACUAUAUUUUUACGUCAUUAUAGUUUGACUUGACACUUAGUAUGAAAAAAAUUGUUUUGUGAUUAAUUUUAAUGACGCACGGAAAAUAAUUAUAUUAGUUUCAUUUCUCAGACUUCACUAGAUUAUUCAUAUCAUAAUAGUCGACUAUCGUGUAAAUAGAAGAUUCAUUACUAAAGGUUUUAUUCGCCAAGCUAUGCUAACUUUUCGACCGCCUAAAUAAUCUUUUACGACUCUAAACAACAGUUCACAACAGUUUGACAUUUUUAUUGUUAGAACAAAGAGUACAAUACAAUAUUUGUUUAACACUGCCAAUAGUAUAACGAAAUAUAAAUAAUGAUUUUGGCAUUAAAAAUAUGCAAUGUUUUCUCAUUCAUAACUGUAUUUUUACAGAUAAUUUUUUUGAUAAUUUAUUGCCUAUAUUGCAUUUUUUAUUAUGUAUAUAUGAACUUGGAAUUCACUUGGAAUUUAUGAUGAAUGAAGAAUCAGUUUGUUAAAGCAUAAAAUUCGCACAUUUGCAUUCUAAAUCAUUUCAAUUUAUCAAAAAAGUACAGUAUUUAGGUUUGAAAUGAUUCGGAAGACGUAGGUAAGAAUCACGAGUCAAAUUAUGACUUCCAUAUGUCGAAAUUCAAAAGACACUUGAUAUUUUUGACAUACAGUAGUAUUUUUUAGUUUGUGUUAAUUUACCCGUCGCUUGUGGUGCGGGAACCUAAUUUAUUCACAUAUAUCGUUAAGAAAACUCGCGAGAGGACUGGCGUAGCCACUUAUCCACUAUUACUAGUAUUCAUAGACGAAUGGGGGCCUGUCGUCACGCGAGUCCCGCUUCUACGCUUUUGUUAAUAAAGGAGUAUUUAGUGCGUCCAAAUCUUAUCCCUUUCGUCAGAAGCUUUGUUAAAUAUGGUUAUGGAGUAUGUGUUGUAAUUUUUGAAAUAUGUAACCAUACAUUUUUUCUGGUGUUGUGAUUGUGGAUUUGAUUGAGCCUAGCUCGUAUUUGCAGUUUAAGUUCACGAUGGGUAACGCUGAUUAAAGUCGUCACUGCUAAUAAAAUUGGAAGAAAAAUUAAUACUUUGGCUAUAGUAAAAAAAAUUUAAACAUUGCCCUACAAUUAGCAAUUUACAUACCAUCAAAGUUACCCAAUUGUAAGAGCAUUAUGUGAAAGAAUACGAAUUUCUUGCCUCAUUUUCUAUUUAGGUAUUUUUUUUAUUAAAAGUAGCACAAUGUGAUUGUGAUUGACGACCUUGUGAAGGGUAUAGUGUAAUACUAACAAUAAAAUGUUACGUAAUGUAAGAGAACGCUCUAUUUUUCAUGUUUAGCGUAACUCAAAGGUUUGCUGGUUUCCAUAUUUUUUCUAAGUGGAAAUAUCGGAUUUAUAAUAGUUAUGGAUUCCAGAAUAUUUUCGAUGGUAAGCAUAUUUUAUUACAAUGUUACGUACGCUGCUCAAACUGAGAGAAUCACUAGUUUCUUAGUGAUAUAUUUAUUUUUUGCCAAAGUUUAUUUUAGUUAUUAUUGGGCUAAGAGCACAAUUGUUUUAAUUUAAGAAUAUUUACUAUUUUCGCUUAUUACAGUUGAAUAUAAACGCUUCUUAAACAUUCCUUUAUACACGAAUAUAUUGUUAUGUAUGGCCCUAGUGUAUAUCAAUGGAGAGUCGGUAAAAUUAAGGUGUAAUAUAAUGCAUAAUAAUUCGUAUGUUAAGCAUAGAUUAGUAGAUUUUGUCUAUGUUCACCCAGUUCCAUAUAAUCGCUCAAUAUCUAGUCCUACUGAUUUAUUAAAUCUAAGCAACAUAAUACUUUAUCUAUUCAGACAAUUAUAUUUCUCAUAAUCGUUAAUGUGUAUAAAAUUUAUUCAAAUAUAACUUAUUUUGUUUAUGAUUCAUGGUGUUUCGAAGAAUUUGUUUUUGAAUUUAAUUCUUAACAAUUAAUCUGUCUAAAAAAUAUAAUUUAUUAAUGUAGGUAACUUAUGUAUGUACGUUUAUAAACGAAAUAAGAAAAGUUAUUCUGAAAUUACAUUUACUCCCAGUUCUCUUACUCAAAGCCGUAGAACGGACGAGAAGAACUGGCACUCACUCUUUUCAAUAGUCAGUUUUUUUACAAAAUGUAUGAAGAUUCUAGGAUCUUUAUCAAGUAGCAAGAGAUAAGGCGUUAACAGUAAACUUUGCCCAAGUAAGGGGCAUGCCAAAUCAAAUCAAAAUGUCGAUAGUGUUCAAAAAUAAGUAAUUUAAUCGGUUUUUUGAGUAAAUGAAAACAAAAUCGGGUUUAAGACGAUGUCCUGUAAUUAAUAAGUACUAAAUUUGUAUUUAUUUUCUGUUAUAUUGGCACAUUUCAUGAGCGCUUUGAUUGUAGGGUAGUCCCAUUAUCUGUUUUAGUUUUACAUUAAAACAUUUUAUUAACAUUUAAAGCGUUGACUUAUAUUUUUUUAUUUAAAGAAAAAAGAAAAAAGAAAAGAAAAGAAAUAUAUAUAUAUAUAUAUAUACUUUUUGUGCGUGUAAUUCCUAAACAGUUAAACAGAUUUUUGAUGAUAUUUUUGAUUGAAUUUUUAUUUUAAGACGUGUUUACACGACGUUUGUCGGGUAAAUUUGUUCUAAUCGCGUAGUAGGGCCGGGCCAUGCAGUCACAUGUAUCACAUUUUCUACAAUGUUCACUUCGGCUUUCCGGCAUAUGUGGACUACACUACAUCUCAGCGAUCAUGAAGCUUUUUUGUUGGUAAUUAGCAUAUUUUUAUUUUCAUUGGCCUUGGUUCUAUGUAUAUUAAAUUUUUAUGCACAUUCACACAUGUUUAUUUAAAAUAGAUGAUUUUAUUUUAUGUUAUACAUUUUUAUUUGUAUUUGUUUUUGCAAAUUUAAUAUAUGUAUAUUUUAUUUUUUCGUUUUAUUUCGUUACGUUAUCCUUCGUACCGUUAGGUUACAACGCAUCUAUUCAUACAAAAUAAAUUGUGUUCCGAUAUAUUAAGCCAUUUUUUUACUUAUUCUCGAAUACUUUUUUUAUAAUAGUUGUUCAAAAUUUCUGGUUUUAUUACUUAUACAGUUGUUAAUUCAGUAAAUUUAGAUCUAGAUUAUAGAUAUAAGAUUAUAGUCACUGCCAAGGUAAUUAUUAUAAUCUUAAAACUCUUUCCGUGAUAGAGAAACCGUCGUUUUUUCAAUAGACGUCUGAAAUUUGUAUUGAUUUUUACUAUUUUGCCAACCGGGCAUUGACCAAAUUGACUUGAUUGAAUGUAAUUUAAAUUAGUGUAGAUUUGUGUUGUAAUAUAUUGUAGGACUUGCAGCCUCCAGAGUCAUCCCUAGAGUUAAUGGUAAAAACUCGCCAGAUGAACAUUUAUUUACGCUUAUGGUAAAACCUUUAGCUAACGAAGGGCGUAAUCUAAAAAGGUUCUACACUUCCAUAACAUUCAAUAAUUUGUUAACUAAGAUGCACCGUUGACAGACUAUAAUCGACCAUUAGAGUCUAAGGACAACUCUGCGGCUGUCUAUGUCCUUUUUGUAUAUAUUAGUUAUUAUUGGCAUUCACCAGUGCACAGUGAUGUAAUUCACUUCGAACGAUAAUGAUGUAGCAUGCAAUUGCUUCAUCAUAUACAUGUAUUUAAAUAAUAUUAAUGUCGCUUUAUGUAGAACUUGUGUAUUCUAUUUAAUAUGUAGACGAUGCAUAGGUACUGUAGAAGGAAUCCCAGUUUCAAGCAAUUACGUUACGAACGUCAUUAAUGCGACUAGACCGGCUAAACUAGUUCAGUCGUUGAAGCUCAUAUUUAAAAUGAUAAAAUUGGUUUAAAUAUAUAUAUAUAUAUAUAUAUAUGUAUUUUAAACAGCUGUUUUGUGUUUAGCUGGUACUUCACCAUUAAUAUUGAUUUACGAUUCAUGUAAUAAUGAUUACAGAAAAGAUAAUGAUUUUAUAUAUCUGUAUUCUUAGCACAGGUUAUACAAAUAUUCGAUACAGUGUUUUUCAAUUGUCAAUAAAUAGUAUUACUAUUAUGUACUUCAUGGGUAACCUUUUAGAUUUAAAUACACAGCUGCUUAAGUCGUUAAUACAAUAUAUAUAUCAAUUUGUCUACAUAUAUAUAUUAUUAGUACUAAGGAUACAGCCUAUUGUAGUUAAUAACUAGUAUCCACUUUAUUUAACCAAUGAUUGUUCAAUAACAAUGACUAGUUCCCGAUUAAUAUAUUAAACUUAAAUAUAAUACAACAUCAAUCAGUAUGCCAAGCUGAAAAGGUUACAACAAAAAGAUACGAUAUAGAGUGAAUAUAUAAAGCGAUAAUUCUUAAAUUUGGCUUAAACAUAUCAUUUUCAGCUUGAUUUACUGAUCCAUUAGCAUAGUAAAUAAUGGACAUGUAGAACUAUAUCAUUUUAAUAAUUUCUUAAUUACGGAAAGAAUAGAUGUUAAAAUGUUACAAAUAAUUUGGAGUAGUGAAAGCGAAUUGUUUAGACUUAAUGCAUAUUUUUAUAUAAAUUAGGAAUAAAGGUCUAUUUUAUGGAGUUUGGACUUUUGGGUGUGUAGGAAGGUCAGAAUUUAGUGAGUGCGAUCCAACGUUCAUAAAAUUAUAGCAUUUAAAAUGGCAAGCCUUCAGGAGAUUUGUAUGUAAUGAAGAUUGAUAUUUGGAUUAUUAAAGGAUACGAGUUUCAAUUUACGUAAUAAUAGUCGAUAAGGUUAUUAUAUAUUUUUCAAAAUUAUGGUGGUAUUGUUCGGGCGCGCGGUGUGUCAAUAGCAGUCGAGACUUUAAUUUACCAUUACGGUUACUUUAUAUACGGUUUUUACAUUCUUUAUAUAGCCGAUUUAAAAGAGGGUUGUCAAUUUAACUUGUACCUAUGUGUUGUUGUUGCAUAAUGUUUGAUGUCAUGAUUUAUUUAGAUAACCAAGCGCGUGUGCGUGCUCGUUCGUUAGUGUAUUUUUCAUAUAUUUUACCGAAGCUUCACAUAUCGACGGAAACCUUUUUGAAUUACGUACGUACUUAGAUAACUGUCCGUCAAUUCAAUUAAUUAAAAACAGUAAAGAUUUAAAAGUAAGUGUUUAAAAGUUUCGUCGGUAAAUAAUAUCGACAGGUAUUUGUAAUAUUUUCUAUAUUUAUUUACAUUAUUUCCUGUUUCCGUAGUACAUACAUGAUACUUCCUUGUAUUCUACUUCCCAUGGCUAUUACUAUAAGAAUAUUUUCUUCGUGUAGAGCUUACAAUUUUUUAAAAGCAUACCCACGAAGCACUUAUGAACUUUUCAUACAAAAAUGUAUGAUUAUUUUUCUGCUACUUAUAAUUAGAUUGUAUAUAAUUCGUGCUAAGGAUGCUGGACACUGGUCCAUUGUCUCCUAGCUGACGAUUUUGACGAUAAAUGUAAUUUAUAUUUGUAAUAACAAACAUGAUGUAGAAAUGGAUCUUUUAAGUGUCAGAGUAUGUUAAAACUUUAAGCUUCGUAUUAAAAAAACUAAUUUUCAUAACUCCAUUACUGUAUGGUCUUAAUUUUUAUGUUAGGGAAUAUGCUUCGAUUUAUUAAAAAAUAUACAAGUGGUCGCUUAGCGCCACGUCCUUUGAAAAUGGCAUUUAAGUUGGAUAACUUAAUACAAAAUAUUCAAACCUUAUUUUAGUAGACUUUGUCAUAGCUACCUGGCGCGUGUAAUUAUCAGAAUUAAGUAGAUAUAUAAUUAAUUGACGUCGUCGAAGCAGCGAUGAAGAUCGAAUAAAUUAUGUUCAAUUAAUAUUAGAUUGAGAUAAUUCAUGAAAUUUAAAUUAAUAAGGUUUUCUAGAUGCAUAUUCCCUUAUAACACCGUUGUUGAAUAUUUAUUUUAACGCUUAGAUGUAUGUUGGUCCAUUGGGACAAAAUUAGUAUUAAAAUGAUACCGGCCAAAGUUUGUUACAAAAAUUGUUUCAUAUGAAUCUUCUAAAUUGUGGACGUUUUCCUGUUAUUAUUAAUAAUAAUAGACAGUAGCCAAAUAAUUGCAUUUUCUAUUUUUGGGUUCGUAUUUUGGUCAUGUAAAAAUACGUAAUUGUAUCUUUUAUGUCUUCAUUAUGUAUUUUAACUUUAAAAGUUUGUCUAUUGAUCACGAUAUAAAGUGGUAAGAUAAACAUAAUUACACCCAUUAUGUGUAGAUAUGGGGUUAAUGGUAAGCUUAAAUGUUAUUUUAUAGUAUUAUAUGUAUCAUUCAGUAAACGUUCAAUACACUAUGAA